UUCUCCUAGUUGGAGUUGUUCGUCGGUAACGGUGGUUGUCGGACGUUUUUGAUAGCGGGCUUCGGAAGGUUUGCUUGGAAGGGGUCGAGAGAGUUCUAGGAGAGAUUGCGAGCACAAGGUCACUUCCCUAGCUAGGUGCUCGCUUGGGAUCCAGGUCAAAGCGUGGAGGGAGAAGUUUCUCUAGGGCUUCAAUUGGAUUGCUUGGCCUCGCUGCUUACUUGCUUUCUCUAGUCGGCGAGGCAAGGCUUUGACACUUAGCAGUGGGCUUUGAAUGGAGGGUUUUGUUAAAGAUUAUUCGCAUUCUGUCUCUAGGGUUUCACCGCUAGAGUUUUAUUUGUCCGCUAUCAUCUUUUGGCGAGGAGUGGUGCCGUCUUAUGGCAAUUCGUUGGAUGGGGAGUUUGGGCUGGAGGAGACUCAAGGGCCGUUCAAGGGGAUGAAGGAAGAAGAUGAAGUGAAGGCGAUCAGACCCCCUCCUAAACCGCCGCCGGUAGUUCUCGGAAGGCUGAGUGAAGAAAUUUAUUUAUUUUGCUUUAAUUUAUUUUUGUCUCAUGUCUGUUUAAUGUUUUCUAGCUUGUUUGUAUUAUUUGUUUACGAUUGUAAGACGAUGGUUUUGAGUUUGGAUGUGGGUGAUAUUUAACUGCGAUUACCGUCACUGGCUCAGUUGUGCCCAUAAAUGGAUCAGCGAGUUAUAUUACCGAGGUGAUAAACUCUGAGUCUGGUUCGCGGGACGGCGGUUUUCAUAAGUUUUAUUAUCGUUUUGCCUACUCUCCAAAUGGUUUGAUAUCAAUGUAAGCCGCUUUCAUCCAAAAAAAAUUGCUUGCACAUAGACAAAUAAACCCGCUUGUAAAAUGUCGUGUACUAAGGCGGCGUACACAAAGCAUAGUUUUUUAUGAAUUGAUUAAAUCACAU